AUGGAUGAGUACGACCUGCAAAACGUGUCGGGCCUGCUCGCCUUCCUGCGCGAUGCCAACGUCCGCCUGGUGCGUCCUCAAUUCCUCCGGGAGUUGCACCAAGCCGGGCGCGCCUGGCCCCGGCGCCAAGAGGCGGAGAUGGCGCGGACGGUCAGCGGAGAGACAGCGCUGCUGAGCCACGACGAGUUGGAGCAGAAGGCCUCGCAAGGCUGGCAGGCCUUCAGCAUCCUGUCCUUCUCGCACUGCUAG